AUGGAGAAAUUUGACGAGUGUCGACGAGAGUUGGCAGUCUACGGCGCGCUCUUCUUUUCCACCGCCACGUUCUUGAAGCAUCCCUCACAGUCACAGGCAGGCAGCAUUGUGGUUUCUAGUGUUCCUUCUCCCCAAGCAUUGGAGCUCUUAGAUCAGGCGUCUGAAGCCUGGGGCCGGGGUUUGGACCCCACGAGCCAGAACAGGUGGGCCGCACUGGCAGAGGCGUGCACGCUGUUUGAUAAAUUGGUGGCGCUGGAGCCGGAGCGGACAGAGUGGAGGGAGGCGAGAGGGCAGCUUCGAGUGGACUCCAAGAAGUUCAAUGAAGCCCUGGACGAUUUCAACUAUGUGCUUGAGAAGAACCCGUCCAACUUCCGGGGCUACUCCAGCAGGGCCCUUGCCUACGAGGGCCUGUCUUACUGGGACAAAGCGGUGGAUGAUUACACAACCGCACUGCGCCUGGGGAAGAAGGCCACCGGUUUUGACGAGCCCUAUGUGUUGAACAGCCGAGGGAACGCGUUUGCGUCGCUGGGGCAGUGGAGCGAGGCGCUGCGGGACUACGAGUUGAGCGUCAAGGGUUUUCAAGAGGGCCGGCAACUAGACGGGGCUAUCUACUCAGCUGCCAACGCUGCGCUCAUGCAGAUCCAGCUUGGCAACGAGAAGGAGGGCCUCAAAGAGCUGACGACUGUGGCCCGGCGAGCGCCCGGGAGCAUCGACAUGCGAGCGGCCCUGGCCGCCCUCUACUGGUCUCAGGGACGAGAGCGAGAGGCUGAGAGCACGUGGCAGUUUGCGUGCGAGAACAUCAAUGCGGGGCAGCUUUAUGACGGGUGCGCCAAGUAUCGGGAUCAGGACUGGCUGAGGAGAAUACGGAGGUGGCCCCCGGUCAUGGCAGACAAGAUGCAAGACUUUUUUCAGUUGCGGCAUAAGACCUAAGCUCGGUGUAGCACUGAUUCAUAACUCGCGUUGCAUACUCGUAAGCCCGGCACAGCGAGCUUCCAUCUGUACCUGGUUAUUAGCUUGUUAUAGUGUAAGUAAACAUCGAGUUGAGAAGGAUUUGCGAGGCAAGUAUUUUGGACCCAGGUGAGACAAUCAGUCCAAAAGGACUUGGACUAGACGUGUUACUUUUCCAUCACUCAGGCUAGCGAGUAUCUGAUCGACACCGGUGGUCGAGCUGAUUCGAUCACGUCAUGUAUCGGCUGUGGUGGAAAACGGGUAUGCGAAGCUAUGCGCGGAUCACCUAGGCCAGGCUGAGGUUGGCUCUAGGAAUCAAGGUAACCUGUGCUGCAGUGGUCCGUCAACAUACUGGGAGAUUUGCCGCGGCACGAGAGUCUGGACAAGAACGUAACAUGUAU